GGCACGGUGCUAAUUCGACCAUGACAAAAUCAUCACAAAUAGGGACUCCGGUAUUCAUUACCAGGUUGCUAUAAAGCUUUCGGAAAUAAAAUCAUCUGUCGGAUGCAUUAGAAGCGGUGUUACGAAGAAAUUUUGCUCCGAAUUUGGUAACUUAGGUAUUGAAAUUUUGACGAAGAAGAACUUCAAACAUGAAUUUUCAUUUUGUACCAAUCGAUCCGUAACUGCUUAUUCAACAAUGGAAACAAGCGGGGGACUGAGCUUAAGGGUGCUGACUAGGCCUUCGUCUUCAUCCACACCCGUCGAUUCCUCGCCUUCAAUUCCUUCCACGCCACCACAAUCGUCAUUUUCAUCACUACAAUCCCCUCCACCUGUAAAUGGUGUCGUUGUAGUGGGUGUGGUGGGAAGAAGCCAGGAUGAUGUUACCCACUUGCUCAACAGGCUUCUGGAUGCCCACAUAUUCGGCUCUGGAAAUAGAGACCGGGAUCUGUUUGACCUUGAUCAAGAAGCCGCGCCAGAAGAGGACGAGGAUGAAAAUGAAAAAGAAAAUGGUAUUAAGGAUAAAAAAUUCAGGUUUAAGGCUUCAGCCAGAAGGAUCAGAGCAGCUUGGAGUAAUAAGAAGAGAAUCAGUUAUUAUUUGGAUGAGGAGAAGGGGGUUGUUUAUGUUCAAUACGCAUGGGGCACUCCUCAUUUGGAUUUGUUGAUGGAGGAUUUCAGUUCACAGGAUUACCCAUCUAUUUUGGAUAGGCACGAAGCAGAUGAUCUAUGUGGACUUCUGGUCAUGUUUUCUGUCUGCCAUAUCAUUGUUUUCAUUCAUGAAGGAGUACAUUUUGAUACCCAGAUAUUAAAAACAUUUCGUACGCUUCAAGCUGCAAAGCAUGCUUUAGCUCCAUUUGUAAAGAUUCAUGUCUUACCAGGAUUGCUUCCUCCACCAUCAUCAGCCAGAACUCCAACCUCAAGAACGAUUUCUACUUCAACCAGUAAUUCUCCAGGAAGAGGUGGGAUAAUAGGACGACAUACAUCUACCAUUAGUCUUAUGUCAGGUUCAUCCCCUACCUUACUUCCAGGGCAGUGUACUCCUGUCAUGCUCUUUGUUUUCCUUGAUGAUUUCUUAGAUGGAUCAGCGAGUGGAUCUCAUGGGACUUCACACCAGGAGGACACUUUAGAGGCAACUACUUUGGGUCAUUCUCAGGGAACUUCUGGUUUACAGUCAUCUGGGAUAGUCCAUAUUCCAAGAUCAAAUUUGCAGUCAAAAACUUCAAAUCCUGUUGUUAUGUUGGCACGCACAACAAACAAGUUGGAAGGCGGAUUUCGUAAGAAAUUACAGUCAUCACUUGAAGCACAAAUACGAUUUUUGAUAAAGAAAUGCCGUACAAUUGCUGGAGGUGGUGAUGGGGGGCCUACAACAGGCUCUGGGAUGGGUCCAAGAGGUCCAGGCAGUGUCAGUUCCAUAUCAGGAGCUGGAAUUGGUGGAACCCUCUUUGCUCUUGAUGCAUCUAGGGCUGUGGCGCUUUUAGACAGAUCAGCAAAUCAGAAGGGUGAACCCUUAGAUGCAGCUACUAGAAUUCUUGAAGAGAUUUUAAAUGGCAAGGAAGCUUCAGAGAAUUUGCUUUUGGAAAAUCAUAGUAAUGGUGGCAUUAGUGAAGAUGUUCAAUCCAUAAAGGACUUCCUUUAUCGACAGGCUGAACUUCUAAGAGGCAGGGGAGGGAUAGCAUCAAAUUCUGCUGGUGGUUCACUUGGUGUUGGUAUGGUUGCUGCUGCAGCUGCAGCUGCUGCGGCAUCUGCUGCAGCUGGAGGCUCUGGAGGAUCAGUCAAACCUCUCUCCAGUCCACCUGAACUUCCAAGUCUAGCAAACUGGUUGUUAGCAUGCCUUCUACUUUUUGAAGCAUUGUUUGACUGUAAGUCUAGGGAUAUACUUGACAAGGGAGCAACCCCUAGGUGCCUUGAAAAGUCCACAAGUUUUCAAAAGAAAGAAUUUCAAGAAACUGCAAGUAUGGGGAAGGUGGGAAGUCAGACGGGCCAAAGCACUUUAGAAACAGUGAUUGCGUGUUUGGAGAGUGGAAAAGGAUUGGAUAUGAAGUUUUCAGCAACAUGGUGCAAAAGAGCACUUCCAGCUGCCAAGGAGGUGUAUAUGAAAGGUUUGCCACCUUGUUACCCAACAGCUGUUCACAAGGCACAUUUAGAAAAGGCAUUAAAUGCUUUUCAAAUGAUGGUAAGAGGGCCAGCAGUGCAUUAUUUUCCACAGAAGCUGAAAGAGGAUUGUGAGGCAAUCUGGAAGUGUGGGAGACAACUUUGUGAUGCUGUUAGCUUGACUGGAAAGCCAUGUGUACACCAAAAACAUGAUGUGACCGAGACUUGCUCAAGUUCCUCCGAGUUAGAAUCUGAGAAAUCUCCAGUCAAUUCACACUCAAGUGGUUUUGUUUUUCUUCAUGCCUGUACAUGUGGCCGAUCAAGAAGAUUGCGUGAUGACCCUUUUGAUUUUGAAAGUGCGAAUGUGACAUUUUUUCACUUUCCCAACUGCGAGGACCUUCUUCCAUCAUUUGCCAUACCAAAUUGUGAAAGUGGAAAUCCUGUUGGGGGUUCAGCAUGGAGCUUAGUUCGACUAGGAGGGGAAAAAUACUAUGAUAUAUCUGCAGGUUUAUUGCAAAGUGGAUUUUGUACCAAUGAAAACUUUCUGUUUGCAUGGAAAAUUCCAUUCAUGCAAGAUACAGUGGAAAGUGUAGCAAAAGAAAUUCAGCAGAAAGACUGUGUACAUUCUAAUCCAGUCAUUCAGGAUUUGAAAGUGCAAACAGUUAAUGUUGAGGAACAGAAAAAGAUAUCUUCAAUAACUGCUGAUGCUACUCCUGAAAUACGCACAGCAAGUAAAGGGCAGCAAAGGAAGUUUGGAGAGAAAAUCCUGGGCGAGGAUUUGAAAUUGAACUCUGGCAGAGGAUUUCCUGUGACAGAAAUGAAAAAAGCAUUUGCAGAGGUUGUUGCUAAGUCAAAUUACAGUACAGAUUCAGCUUUUCCUCCACUUCAAUUGAAGCGGCAGACACCAGCAGGUCCAGAGAAGAGCGUGAAGCAAAAGGGUGCAAAGGAAAGAAAAGAACAGGUGAUUCAUGGCGUGAAUGGAGAUCUGGAGUCGAUGGUCUUAAAAUCUGACAUGGCUUCAGAAAAGAAUCUUAAAAUUGCCGACUCUGGUGAUCAAAGAGAAGAUACAUCUGUUUUGUUUGUGGGGGACAAUGUGGUACCAACACCAAUGAAUAAAAUUGAAAGACCCCAACUAAGCAUUAGAAAAAAGUAUGUUGUUGUCUAUGUUGGAUUUGAGCACGAGUGUCCCCAUGGUCACCGGUUUCUUCUAUCGCUUGACCAUCUUGAAAAACUUGGUUCUCCAUAUACUGAUUCCAUGAGCUCCACUGGUCCCAAGAAGGUGACUGAUCAGCAUACAUUAAAGCAAACGAAGCAAGUUCAUAAGCAUUUGCGCACACCAGAUACGCAGAAUGUCACUGAAAGCCUUAGAAAACAGGUCACUGGUACACGGGAGAUGAUGAUCUUUAGUCAUCAAGGUCAAUCCGCUAGUCCUCCAAAUUUUGCAAACACAGAAUUGAAAUGUGAAGGGGACCUCUUGUGCACAGUUCUUAAUGAAGGGGAAGGUCCAGGAUUUUCUCUUCUCAAUAUGAACUUGCCAAUCUAUAUGAACUGUCCUCAUUGCAAGACAUCUUCUAGAAGUAAGAAGCAGCAGAGUCUGAAAUUUGCAAGCACUAUAUCCCAACUUCAAAGAAUUUUCCUGGUGACACCUCCAUUUCCCACUACACUGGCUACCUGCCCAGCCAUACAAUUUGAGGAAUCAUGCGUUCCAGAUUCAAUUAAGCCCAGUCAACAGUAUUUGAAUUUCAGUUUUGGAAGCAGAGUGGUCUUGCCUCCGGAAAGUUUUCUCACUCUAAAACUACCAUUUGUUUAUGGUGCAUGGCGUAAUGAUGGUUCAGCAAUUCCGUUUUUGCCACGUGCGCAUAGGCCAGAGCUAACUGCUUGGCUUGUAAAGGGCACAACACUUCAGAUUUUAUUGAAGGAGCAAGAUAAUGAGAGUGUAUUUUCUCUUUAAAUAUGACAAUGUGUGAAUGACUUGUGAGUUUGCUACCGGGAGUUGGUAUGUUAAGGAAAUUUCCCAGAAAACAAGAUCUUAUCUGGAUAAGCAUGGUCUUUCCGCUAGUCAAAGCUACAUAAUGGACCUUGAUUUUGAUUUUCGGUGAAUAUUUAAGGACAAAUUGUAGCAGAAUUGAAGGAGGAUUUAUUGCAGAUUCAGAAGAGGGUUAUAACUUUUGUGACUACAUUUUUGAAUGAGGGGUUGGUGCCUCUAGCAGGAAAGUUCUUACAAACUGAAUGAGAAGUUGGUACCUCUAGUGGACAAGUGUUCACAAUUUGAAUGAGGGGAUGGUGACUCUAAAUUUGUAAAGGAAUAAUUAUAUAAAGCAAGCCUCAAGAGUCAUUCUGUACGCCCUCUGUUCAUUUUGGAUGGUCAUGGUCGUGGGACAAGUCAGACACCAACUUCAAUGUUUGUCCAUCUCCCAGGACUUUCAAAUCCAGUGUCUCGUAAAAUGGUUUUGAUCUUUACCAUCUUCUUCGAUCAAAAGAGCUUAUUUGAGAGCUUUAUAUUUAAGAAUUUCUUUGUCCAAAUCAGAUUUUUAUUGAAAGGUAAUGCUUGAAAAUAUGCAUAUCUGUAAUUUAAUAUAACUUAAAACAUAACAUGUAUAUUGAGGGAUCUUUUUGGUAUUUCCAUUAAUGUGUAUUCUGGCGUUCAGUAGUUUAUCUUACUAAAGAAUAAUAACUGCCGCCUAUGUAUAAUUCCAGUGAGGAAUCUAACCAGUCAUAGAUCUGCUCCUCACUCGGCAGGGAUGAAGUGGCUGUAAUGCUUAAAACAAGUCAAAUGCCAUGAAUCUUGAUUGGGCAGCAGCCAAUUCAUGUUUUUGAAAAUUCUCUGAUUGAUAAAUCGUAUGAAUUAUCUGUAAUCUGAAGCAGAUAUAAUCGGUGAAUUGCCAUUUUCUUUCAAGAAGGCAUUAAAUUUAUAAGCUUCAGUAAUUGACACAGCUAUCUACGUUUGGGCUACUUUAUUAUGGAAUCAUCAAAAUUAUGUUUUGAUAUGGUUCUUUUUUGUUUCUUCCUGUAUUAGUUUGCAACCAUUAAUAAAUAUAUGGACAAAAGCUUCAAUACAGGUUAUCUAUAACAGCCUCAGAAAAUGGUCUUAUUUCAUUUCAAAUAUACGUACUUUUGCGCACAGGUACUUAUGGUUAUUGGUGGAUUCUAGAAGUGCUUCUGAAUAUUCCUUAAAUAUAAAAGCCAUGUGUGUUAAAUUAUCAAACAAACUACAUCAACAUAGUCAUUGCUGUGGGAAGUGCUCCAACUUAUACUGGAAAGCAAAUUUGUGGACACAAGUUCUUUAGCUUUAUAUACAGCAACAUGUAAGCAAGCGUUUUAAACUGUUACAAUUGAAGGUCCCUUUAUACAAACUA